CGCAUCUUCAAGUAUACAGCCUUUUGGUGCCACACUCGUUGAAGGCCGCGCGUUUUUCCCACUGUCGCUUUGUGGUCUUCAUCAUCAUCACCCAUUUUUAAUACCGACCUUCGCUUUGUGUCUGGCUUGGUGGCGACGAUUGAGAUCGACGACCGGCAUUCCUGAAACCCGGUCGCUGCUGCAGAAGACAAACACACGACAGGCGCGUUGCACAGCAUCCACUGCUCGGGCGCCCGCCUUCUACCACUGCUCAUCGCAUACCGAGUCCGACGAACGAACAAGCCCAUUUGCAUAUCUACCCUUCGUGCAGCUGCACGCGUCCCGACGCCAUGAAGUCGACCUUCUCCGCAGCCGCGAUCCUCGCCGGCCUUGCGCUUGUCAGCGCCCAGGACUCUCCGAAGUGCUCCCCGAGCAGCCCUUGUCCAGCAGACGCGCCUUGCUGUUCUCAGUACGGCCAAUGUGGUGUGGGUGCAUACUGUCUGGGAGGAUGUGAUCCAAAGUCCUCCUUCAACCUCCAGUCGUGCAUGGCUGCACCGACAUGCAAGAGCGCAGACUACAAACUCACUUCGCUGGACGAUGUGAUGCCAAACACGCGAUACCUGGGAGAUGCAAGCAAGGCGAACUGGGUCAGCUCUGGAACGGCUGUCGCAUACAAUGGCGAUUCGCUGUUGCUCACCAUGGCACCCAGCACAGUCGGAACUCUGCUCUCCAGCACACACUAUGUUUGGUACGGCAAGAUUAGUGCAACAAUGACCUCCUCACGGGGACAAGGUGUUGUCACUGGUUUCAUUCUGAUGAGCGACGUCAAGGACGAAAUUGAUUUUGAAUUCGUUGGCGAUGACGUUCAGGCCGCACAGAGCAACUACUACUACCAGGGAAUCACCGACUAUGGCAAUAUGAAAUCACUUGGAGUGUCAAACACCGACACUGACGUCCACACUUACACGAUCAAUUGGACUCCAGACGAGAUCACAUGGAGCAUUGAUGGCAAGGACCUGCGCACUCUCAAGAAGUCGGAUACAUACAACGAGACUACCAAGAGCUACAAUUACCCACAGACCCCAUCUCGUGUACAACUCUCGCUCUGGCCGGCUGGUCUCCCAACCAACGGAGAGGGAACUAUCGAGUGGUCAGGCGGUCUAGUCGACUGGGAAAACAGCCCAUACAUGCAGAAUGGCUAUUACUACGCAAUGGUCAAGGACAUCUCUGUUGAGUGCUACGAUCCACCAAGUGGCAAUGCAGGUGGCAACGCCUACUACUACACCGGCGGAAGUUUCAACGAAGACACUGUUGCUAUUGGCAGCAACAACACUGUCCUCGGUUCGAUGAUGGCGAACGGCAACAACCCAGACUACGGCAAAGUUCAGCCAGGCUCAUCCACAGCUUCCGCUCCCAAGAUGGACAAAACUCCUGAGUCUGUGCCAGGUGUCACUGGUGGUGGCAACGUUGCAGCCGGCGGACAAGCUCCUAUUGAGUCGUCUUCUGACAGCAACAACGGAGGCUCGUCCAGCUCUGGUUCCGGUUCCGGGUCUGGUUCUGGUUCUGGGUCAAGCAGUGGCUCGACUGGCGACUCGAGUUUCUCGCAAGGCGGCGGAAGCACUGGCGCCACUACUGGUGAAGCGCCAAGAAUGAUUGCCACUAGCAGCGCAGUCGCUCUGCUUGGUUUCUUCGUUGCUGCUCUUAUGCUUUAAUUUCUUGUUUAUUUGACAAAAACGCUGCACGUUGGACUAGCGGGCGGAUGUAAUGCCCUGACGGCUUUUCACUCCUUCAAUGAGCGGAUGGUAUCAGUCGAUGGCCGCGCGGGUUUGUACAGUACCUUGCCCUUGACUAACGACGCAUUGGAUGUUCUUUUCUUCGUGCAUGAUUGGACUAUGUAGCCAGGUGCAUAAGCAGCAAAAAAGUAAUGUUCAAUGAAAUGAAGCAUGAAAGUCUAUCGAGCUCAGACCCCC